AUGGCAGACCUCUCGGGCCUCUCGGCAAACGCCCACCCCUUUAUUCCCGAACUGUACUGCGAAUGCAGACAGCUGUUUGAGAAAUUCGCCAACGGUCUGAGAGAGGAAGGCUGCCUGAGGACUCUUGCCAAGAGCAUCGAUGUAGCACUCCUGCUGGAAUUAUACUCCACCUUUCUGACCUGGGGGGAAAAGCUCAAAGUCGAUUAUCCUGCAGAAACUGAAGGAUCUCUCAACUAUAAACUCCGGCAUAGAAGAGCAUCCAGGGAGAUGACUGAAGAUCUCCUCAAUGGUCUCAAGACACUUUUUCGUAAAGCAGUAGAUCAUCUAAACGUCCUCAAUGAGUCGGUGCAGUUCUUGAUCGACGUGGAAAAGGCCGCGGGCGGCGAGGAAGGUAAAUUUCGAAUGCCAGGGCUUCGAGAGAUCGGCCCAUUGUUCACGGCUCUUCGAAGGGGAGUGAAGGUGACAGUAGCCAUAUUUUCGAUCCAGCGACAGCUUGAGCUCCUUUUCAAGGCGCAUAAGCUGCCCAGAGAUGAGCGGGAUGAGAUGGAAAUGUACGAAGCAUAUCUGACGCCUUACCUUGACCAGGUCGUGGAAAUGGUGCGUCAAUGGCGCCAUGAAGCCCUGGCCGAGAAGGACCUGAAAUGCGACAAGGCUCCGGGGAGCGAUUCGGUGGAUGAUAUCAUGUGGUUUUGCAAGCGACUUGCACUGGCCAACAUGAAGAGAAAGAUGGAGUUCCCGAAGCAAACUGAUCCUCUGUUCCUCCCUCAAUCAGACAUCAUCGAAAUUGAUCAUUCUUCUAUGACAGAUUGGGAGAGGGUUCAAGAGUGGAUGCUGCGAGAACCCCUAUCCGCAAGCAAAAGGCUACAAAGUGUUCAUCCUUACGUCUGCACUUUCAAGGACUGUCCGACAGCGGGCCUCUACUACAGCGAGCAGGGUUCCUGGAAGGGUCACGAAGAGGUGAAGCAUCGCAUGGUUUAUGUUUGCCAUAAGUGCCCAGGAGUAACCACCCGCAGCAGAGAAAUGGUGAAAGCACAUCUCCUCACUCAUUGCACAGGCAAUCGGGUAGAUUCCGCAAAAGAGAUAGAAGCGAAUCUACGGUUCUGCUACCGGUCGGAAGAUAUGAAUACAUCCGAUAAGAAGGACACUUGUCUCAUCUGCUUGAAGGAAUCUCCACUCCCGGAUUUGUACAAGCAUCUGGCAGGCCACAUGGAGGAGAUUACUCGUCUGGUCUUGCCCAGUUGUGAGACUGACUACAAGGGUACUUGUAUCUUCUGCAGGAAGGAAUUUCCGCGCGAGGGUCUAGCCAAUCAUGUUGUAUCUCACCUCGAUGGAACUGCCAUUUCCUCAUGA